GGAGAAGAUGGCGGUGCGGCGGCAGCUGGGGGAGGUGUUGCACGACCCGGAGCCCAGCAGCAUCGUCGUUGUGGAGCAGCCGUCGUCACCCGCCGCUGUCCCGCGGGUCCAGGUGUUGCCGCCUUCCUCGCCGCAGGCUGCGGAGCCGGUGUCGCUGCCGGAGCCAUGCGCCGUGUUCCAGUGCCGCGGCUGCUGGACGGUGCUGGGCGACUCGCUGCAUCUGUGCGCGCAGGAGGAGCAGCUGCUCGGCAUCCUCAUCUGCUUCCGAGUCACAAACGACGUGAUCUCGAAGGACUCGCUGAUGAUCGGCCUGGAGGGAGCCCUGCUGGGAUGUGCUUACAACACAUUGGCCUGUCGGUUGUGUGGCUUGAUCGUGGGCUUCAUUCUUUAUUCUGCCCCCAGGGACCUGGCGUAUCUCCGAGGCCUCUUCUGUUUCUUCAAGGACAGCAUCCUCUGUUACCUCUUAAAAUCCCACAUCGUAGUAGAAGCUUCUAAGGUGAAUUUUCCUACUGUGACCUUAAGGGAACAAAUGCAACAUCUGAAGGAAAAGCUUGUGGAGACCCACACUCGCAUGGAAUCACUGAUUGAGAAGCUGGAGAAACUGGAGAAAAAAACCAAUGGGCAGAAGAGCAGAGCUUUGCAUCAGAUGCAGCUGGGCUACUGUGAGGAUAUGCAAUAGUCAGGGUCAGCUAAUACCCCAUUUCAAGAACUGCUGCAGUUGUUUCUGCAUCUCUGCUGAGUUUAUUCCUUAUGAUGAACUAACGCACCAGAACAGCUUUGAGGGUUGAUGUGUCACGUUAUCUCUGCACGGAAAGAACUGAUGCUUAAGUGCGUCCCUUCAGUCUAAGGGGAACACCUGAAUAUCUGACAUCCUGAAGAUAUGCUUGGAAAAAUGAAUAGCUCACCCAUGCAGCACAUCACUCUGACAGUUUCACAGUGAUUCUCUCUAAUGACUUCAGGAGGAAAACCAGCCUUUGAAAUACAAAAAUAACGUUUCUGGAACAUACAAAACAUACUAACAAGAUGAUAUUCAAGAGGAGCUAUUACAAAUUGAACAUUCUUACAGAGAUCUAAAGUUCUUGUCCUUCCUUUUCAUAGAGAUACAGUGUUAAUGGCAGGUAGCUGUUGGUAGAGUGGCUCAUAAGCUACAUCUGGUACUUGAGGCACUGCUAAAGGGCCUCCUGUUCUUUCUCUCUUUUAAGAAAUAAGCCACACAAAUGCAUUCUCUUCAGUAACUUGAAAUGAACAUUACUGCUAUAUUAACUUAAACCUACAUGUGUAGUUUAAGUGAUGCUUAUAAACUAUUAUUCCUGAAAGAUUCAGUGUUUGAUCCCACAGCCUGUCCCAGAUUCAAAUUCCUCUUAAGCUAUGGUUGAUCAGUGAUUAUUUAUUGUUCCUAUUCUAGUGUAGGACCUAAUUUCCACUAACCAGGCAUCUGGAGAAAUGCAUUCCAGCUUUAAAUGCAGCCAGGGCCAGUCUGGCUUGGGAAGGAUGGAUUCUCUAUUUAAGUGAAUAGAGCCACUUAGAAAACAAGUCAGGCCUUACCAAGAGCUGUCUUCUCUGGAAUCUGGAGACAAAAAUAACUAGAAAAUAAAACAAAGGUGAUUGAACAGGCUACUGAAGUAACAAUCAUACUGAAAACCUUCUAUAAACUAGCUUAAGGGUUAGCAAUCCAGAACAGGCUUUGGAAGGGUCGUAGCAGGGCUGGGAACCAUGGCUUCUUCAGCACUGUCCUGAGCUGACACACUGUCCUGCUGCAUUACAGCAUUUUGGCACCAACUGCAAGGGAAGUUGUGCUUCCCUGCAGGUUGAGAGAUGCCAGCCAUAGGAGGAGUUAUUCAGAGAUGGAGUCGCCCAAACAAUAAACAAUGCACUUCUAUGAAAGUUUUUUAAAGGGCUUAUUAAUUCGGCCAAUCUGCAAGCAAGAAGCUUUCUGUGACCAUCUAAACCAGCCCUUAAAGCUUUAUCUGAGAUGUUGCCCAUCUUAGUAUGAGCAGAGUAACUUUUCUUUAGCUGCCUUCUGAGAAGUCGUGAGGCUCCUGUGCCUGAAGUGUGCUGGGACAGCUGGACCUGUAGGUUCAGCCUAAAUUGUUGAGUUUAGACACAGGUAGAGCAAGUACAAACACACCUCAGAAGCAGAGUGUAUGGCAAGUCGGUUAAUUUGUCUUCUGAACAAAUGACACAUCCAGUUUUAGUGCAUUCUCAGCCUGUGCUGCUUUAUUGCUAAAAAAAUUUGUAUACAGGUGCAGAGUUUCCAAGUUCAUUUUUAAACAGUUCCUCUUUACAGUGUCAAAAGAAUAAAAUCUUAUCUUGAAAUCCUCAAAGAUGCAUAGAUAUAAAAGCAAGCUGCCUUUUGGAAAAACAUCAGAAUUUGCAGGGAGACAUUCUUUCACUGUUACCAUGUAAAACAAGUGCAAUGGGAAUACGUAGUUCCUAGUGACACCAAUAAUAACCCAUGUGAGCACAGCAUCAGAAGUUCAACAUAAGAAGUAUUUUCUAGCUUGUUUUUUAAGUACUAAGGUAAUUUUUAAACACUAAUACUUCUCCUUUGCUGUUGUAUCAUGCUUUUGAAAAGGAGAUAAUCUUCACUGACAUCCUAAAGUAGCUUAUUCCCAGGUUUUAUAUUGAGGGGAAUAAGCAUUAACAAAGGAUACAACUGCUUACUCACCACACAAAAGAAAACAUGAAAGUUUAAAAGCAUGCAAAGUGUUCUAAAGAAUACCCACUAAGAAGCAGGUGACCAUGGUUUACUGCUGAGCUAAACUUGUGUUACAAAUUCCCUUUUUGCUUGAAGAAGUUGGCUCCAAGGAUUUCAUUUAGUCUAACUUCUGAUGCCAUUAAAUAGUCAUCUUCUCUUAGAACAUUCCUAGCUUCAUUUGGCAAUUCUUCUAAAUCUAGAAAGAACAUUCAUGAGAAAAACACAACCCCCAUUCUAACCCAAAUCACGGUGCUUUGUGGAUGGUUGGCUAUGAAGCAUGAACAGGAGUUAACUUGACACACAAUUUCUUCCUCCAAGACACUUGCUAUUUAAGAGGACUGUGCCCCUGUACAUGGAGAAGUGUUCUGCACAAGUUAAGCCCACCUACAAAAUUAAGCUAAGCUAGAAGUAUGGAAAUCUGCACUAAAAGCUAGUAUUCUACGUGUCUGAAUACAAGUUUAAACUUGGAAAAGUAUUAGUGACGUAGGCUAUGCCACAUGUUCUAUUUUCAAACUGCCAGCAGAAAUUCACUGCAUUAUUCACUGAAGGACUUGGGAAGUAUUCCAGAGAACACCCUAAAAGCCUACAGAAAGAUGGCACCCAAAUUCCCUUUUAUUAGUAAGUGAAAUAAAGGAAAAAAACCCCACUAUUGCAACCUGUGUUGCAGAAGAUAAAGACCUUCAGUGCUCAAAUCUCAGUUACUGUUUUUAAAAAUCUCUUUAAAGAACUUAAGAACUAUACAAGAAGAUUACCAGUAUUUUCAGGUUCAUUCCUGCAGGUGCCAUUAUUGCUGGCUGGUACCAGUAUGCUUCAGUACAGCUGCCUAUGUGGCUAGAGAGUUACCUGAAAAUACUGUCUAUUAAAAAGCUAUUCAACACCUGAAAUAUAUGUACUGUGCUUAUUAAUUUCAGUCUUCAAAUAAUUUCUCUCACCACAACCAAGCUUAUGACCUUACUGUCUGGGAAAUACUACACUCAAUUUGAAUCUGUGAUUUCCAUUACUUAUUUGUUUGUUGUUUUUUUUCCCCUCACCAGUUCCUCCCCCCUGCACCUUGUAAGAAACUCUGCACCCUUUUCCUUGCUACAGCUGCAGCAGGUGAGAAACCUCAUCUCGCCCCUAAACAUGCUUAGUCCAUGCCCUGCUUUUUACAUGCUCAGGGCACUACUAUGAACCAGACAAGAGGUUAUAAAGGCGAGUUCUGCUGAUCCUGGUUCCUGAUUUACAGUUUUGGUGCCAUGCUUCUGUCCCUAUCUAUACAUUCUGCCCCUUUCUCUACAGGGGCAGCACAUUCUCUAAAAAACCAAAAAACCCAAAAUUUGAGAAUCAAAGCAGGAAGUUCAAGCUAUUGGUAUAUUAAUUCCUAUUGCUUCGUUAUGUAUAAAUGCAUAUCUCAGUUUACUGGUAAUAACUACAUUACACUAGACAUUUUGAAUCAUGCAUAAUUAGAAUACUAGCUCUAAGAUCUGGUUUGUGGGCCUGUGCCGCUUGCCUUCAGUUUCUCCAUGCAGUUCUUCAUGCCUAAGUCAUUCCGAACUAGACACCUUUAAUUUGACCUGCAAGCACGCUCACUUGGAGGGCAAGUGGAGAGAAGCAGACAGGAUUUACAUAGGACACACUAAACACUAAAUUACUUUUUAUCUUUAACUUUAGAUGUUGUAAAGCCGUAGGGAAUCUGCCUAUAUUAUGACCUGGUACAUAGGCUCAGACACAGAAACACACCCUGCCUACAUCAUGAACAUUGACACCUUCUCCAAAACUCAGGAGAAAGUGUAGAGCAGACUGAAAGGGAAGAGACAUCAGAAUCCAUCGUUAAGUGUUCUGCACUGUUAAACCAGACACCCUGGUUCAACUGUUGGCCUUUGUGUGCCAGCCAAAGCAGUACAGGGGCAAAAUGCUGGAACAUUCAGUA